AUGGCGGACAACUUCGAAGCUCUUCAAACUUUUUAGAAUUUUGCACAUUUUAGCAGUUUUUGCUUUAUAUUUAACCAUGCUAUAGGUUUUGUAUUUGUAUUAGGAAAUUGCAUUAUGCAAUCUAGGGCUCGAUUACUCCUUGAAAAGGAGCUUUUCAAGAUCAAGAAAGACCCAGUGUGGGGUAUCACAGCUCAGCCUUUGAACGAAAAUGACUGGUUUACUUGGGAAGCUACCGUAAAUGGACCAAAAAACUCUUUAUGGGAAGGUGGUAUUUUUAAAUUGUAUUUACAAUUUAAUGAAGAUUAUAACUGCUGUCCGCCAAAAGUAUAUUUCCACACAGUGCCUUUUCAUCCAAAUGCCGGUCUAAGUCCACAUAUUGAAGAACCUAUAGACACUACCACAUCUGAACUAGCASAGAAAGAAGACACAAGCCCUGGUAAAAAGCGACAAAUCAAAAUAGCCAAGGUUUCUUUCGAAGACUACCAUUCACUUUGGAGUGGCAUUGCUACCACUCGUCCUGUACACAAUGCGAAAAACCCUCUGAAUGAUAUAUUGAGGUCUGAUUCCAAGCUUCAAGCAGCACACUUUGGCUUGCAGCAGCAAGAAUUACAAGAGGAAAUACARAAGCAAAUUACAGAACAUAAUUCUUUGAUGUAUGGGAAAUUUGGAAAGGAAAAGGAGAAGAAACAGGAUAUAGAAGAAAUGAAAGCAACAAGGAUUAAUAUGUUGAAGCAGAUAUAUCUUCCAAAGCAAGAACCAAUAUCCAACAUYAAUUCGACUGUGUCAGAGUCUAUAUCGAAAGACAUUGAGCCCUCUGAACAUGAAGUGGAGGAGCUACUCAAUUGGUCAAGCAACCUUGAUAAAGAUGAGAUCUACACAUGACAUUAUAGUGGGUAAAGGCAUUCUGGAAUGUGUCACACCCCAGUGUCAUUAUCAGCAAGAUUGCAUUCUCCUUAUCCAUCCAAUGGCYGAAUGAGUUAUUACAGAAAAAAAUUCACAUAGAUGUUASCAAGGGAGUUGCACAAGAUCUAUCYGAAAUYACAUUAAUGCAUCUAAAAUCAUGUGAAGUACAAUUUUGAAWGUUAGUAGAACACYGUGCUGUGUAUCCAAUGAUAUUGCAGGAUUAUAGGAUCUUGUUUGUGAUUGGUCAAAACGUAAUUUCUCUUCUUUUCUGUGAUAUGAUUGGCUGAGAGAACAAUCAGGAGAGAAUUWAACCUCAUCAAUAUUCAUUGCACUAUAAUUGYGGGGUCUUGCACAGAAUUUYCCAUUCCAAGGAYRAACAAAUUUGUAAAAACAACUGAAWACAAUUGUAUAAUAAUGCUUGUUUAUUAAAAUAAAUAUCUGAAAMGUU